AUGACAAGUGAUACGUCACGUCCUCUGGAUCCUGGGCGAAUCCCUAUUCUUGCGAGCGAGCAGCGGUUACUGGAUGAGGCUAGCAGAGAGGAGGACAGGAAGGAGGACAGGAAGGUCGAGGGAAGCGGGCGGCAAAAGGUUCUUGCUGACGGGACAUUCGAUGACCUUACAAACGACCGGCCAAAGGCCAAUGCUUUCCGUGCUGGGUCCAUGUUGAUCAUGGCGUCUAUUAUCCACAAUCGCCAGUCGAAGUUUGUCACGGCAAGCCUCCGUCGUCCACGAUAUCUUCUUGAAGGACACGAAAGCGGCAUGCUCCAAGAUGCUCGUCACUCCGGAGAAAAAGCAGCGGAAAAGAAAGAAUCAGAAAGCACGAAGGAACAUGUCGUACAAGUCGAUGACUUGCUUACUUUCAGACAGUUCUCGGAAAAAUCGGCGGAUGAUCCCAUUGAUUACGUGGAAAACUUAGGCAAGAAGACGGGGGCUGCUGAAAUCCGGGAAGACUUCAUAUCCAACCUCAGUCGCAUAUCCCAGCUCACAGGUUUUUCGGAUCCUAUAUAUGCAGAAGCAUACGUCAAGUCAAUACUAUGCUUGAAUGUGCUUCUGGUCAAUCAGACGUCCAAUACGCUGCAGAAUCUUUUCGCGACGCUUGGUGACCUCAAACUGGGUAUCAAGGCCACAAUCAAGGUCUCAUCAACAGGCGUUAUAUUUGGCAGCAUCCUAUGGGAUGGCCCUGCCCUCGCUGAAUGGUGUGUUAUCUUGAACGACAUCGACAUCGACAUCGACAUCUUGGACUAUAUCAAGCCUGCAUGCUGUAGCGAGACACAGGUAUAUCUUUAA